GUUAUUAUUGCUUGCUGUGCCCCCACUGGCGCUCCCCUCGCUCUCUUGAGGAAGGAGACGUGAUAUGUAUACAAAUGAGAUAAGUUGAGCUCAACUCUUCUCUUUCUUGUAUUAUUAUUACUAUUAUUGUUGUUGUUGUUGUUGUUGUUGUUGUUGUUGUUUUGUAAAACACGAAAAAGAAGAAGAAAAUAAAAUUAGCAUAUAUAAAAGAAGAAUGCAGGAUCAAGGUACGAACUCACUUCCAUCGAGCAGCGAGAGAUCGUCGAGCUCGGCUCCUCAGAUGGAAGUCAAAGAAGGAAUGACGAGUGACGAGGAAAUAGGAAGGGUGCCGGAGCUUGGGCCGUCGGAGGAUGGUGGGCCGGCUGCUGGGCCGUCCGGCCAGGCCGGGGCCCAGCGUAGGCAGCGCUCCGGGAGGAGCUCCGCCGACAAAGAACACAAGCGGCUCAAAAGGUUGCUGAGGAAUCGGGUGUCGGCGCAGCAGGCGAGGGAGAGGAAGAAGGCGUAUCUGAACGAGUUGGAGGCCAGAGUGAAGGAGUUGGAGACCAAGAACUCCGAGCUGGAGGAGAGGGUCUCCACCUUGCAGAAUGAGAACCAGAUGCUCAGACAAAUACUGAAGAAUACGACAGUUAGCAGAAGAGGAUCAAGUAGCAGUGCCAAUGUUGGAGAAGGUCCAUAGGAUAUAUUUAUAUAUAUAUAUAUAGUCACAAUGCGGAGUAGAUAUAUAAAUCUGAAAACAUUAAGUACGUUGGUAUGCGUGUCCUGUAUUUAAAUCCAGUAUCAUUUUUCUGACAAUUAUUUUGUGGUUUUGUAGCUUAGAAGCAUGUAGUCAUACUUUAAAUUGGGUGGGUGGAGGUCGAGAAUUUUCAACAUAAAUUAGGUAGACGUAGCCAGUGCUUGUGAAUGAUUUGUUUCGGGCAUGUUUUACUUAUGAUCGGGCGAUGCUGUAUUCAA